CUUUCAACCAGGUUGCCUUUGGGUAUAUCGACUGCUAAGUAAACAGUUUGGUGCUCGGACUACCCUGACUUUUGGCUUGCUGGCUCCCGGCCUAUUCAUUGACCAUGGUUGAUCUCAGGUCUGGAAACACCCACACUGACAAUAAUUCGCCAUAACAUUGAUUUGAACAGUUUAAGGCAUAGAGUAAGAACUUCUUAACCAGUAGCAGGGAAAUAUCAAAUAGCAGCACAUCACAAAGCACAUGGAAAUGAUAAUGUGACUGAGACAUUGGACAUCAUCGUACUGUAUGAACAACGUCAAGGUGAUAAAUAAUCUCGAAUAAGCCGAUUGGUACUUCAGUAAGGAAACAUUAGAAAAAGGAUACAGAUUCAAAUCUUAACAAGCUCAAUGAUGAUCUCAGGCAGGAAUAUAAUUUUGAUAUGGGUUAUUACUAUGACAACAGCUUUACCAUGGAAACUCACUGAGAAGGCUGAUAAAAUUGCAGUUAUAGAAAACUACUGCAAAGAUGACGUCCCAUUAAGUAAUCUAUGUGACUGGUGUCAACAAGACGCUCAUAUCUGCUGCGAAGACAAGGCACUGAUUCGACACUGUUUUCAAGUGUUCAUGAAAAAUCUCCCCAACACUGCUGAUGGGCUCAAUGACAAGAAGCAUUCGGAUUUGAAGUUUCCUUUGGAUGAGGAUGACUACAUUAACCAUCCAGACAUCGCAGAUUACUAUUACAGUAACUAUGACAACAAUGAUGAGGGGUAUGAUAUUGAAUCUGAGCCUCAACAAAGGAAACGUUACGGUGCACUUCACAAAAGGGGUAGUUUUCGCCCACAACAAAAGCGCCAUUCAAGCAGAAAAGAUGAAAACGAAAUCGAAAAAAGAUGGGGUGUCAUGGACAUGAUGGGAAUGAAAGUAAGAUUUCCAUCUGUAUAUCAAUAUCAACGAGGCAGAUUUAACGCAUAUGGCAAGAUUAUGUUUCCGACUAAAAAACGGGAAACGCUGAAUCUGAAUUCAUAUCGAUGGCCACUAUUUCCAAAGCAAGAGAAAAGACUGGUUAAGUAAAAGUUGGUGGAAAAUGUUAUGUUAUAUGAAUUUAUGGAAAACUAGUUCUAACCCAAAGUUUCAACAACUAUGACUAACUAAUCCACAAAGGCAUCAAUUUGACAAAAUGUCCCCACUAGGUUACAUUUACAAAAGUGUUACAAUUGUUACAGACAGUGGAUGCCAGUGUGAAUGGGAUAUUGAUAAAGCGGCACUGAAAAGUGUUUACAAUUCAGUGUUACUAUACACACAUAUUAGUACCAAACACGUGUAAUUUUAAUAUCUCUCUUUUCUCGUGAAUACACUCUCUUAUUAC